GCAGUAUUUUCAUCCAGCAAGCAAUUCAGCACGAAAACAAGCACCGUGUGUCGCUGGCUUUAUAUUUAACACGUGUGUGCAUAUAAAGGAGUUCGUCGUUCUGUUUCUGUAAAGAUCCAAGAUGGCUCGUGGUCCAAAGAAACAUCUCAAGCGUCUCAAUGCACCUAAGGCAUGGAUGUUGGAUAAACUGGGGGGUGUAUAUGCUCCUCGUCCAUCCACUGGUCCUCACAAACUCAGAGAGUCUCUUCCUUUGGUUAUUUUUCUCCGCAAUAGGUUAAAAUAUGCUUUAACCAACUGUGAAGUUACUAAAAUCAUGAUGCAGCGAUUGAUCAAAGUUGAUGGAAAAGUUCGUACUGAUUCCAAUUAUCCUGCUGGUUUUAUGGAUGUUAUCACUAUUGAAAAGACUGGCGAAUUUUUCCGAUUGAUCUAUGAUGUGAAGGGUCGUUUUACUACACAUCGUAUUACUGCGGAAGAAGCCAAGUAUAAAUUGUGCAAAGUGAAGCGCGUUCAAACUGGCCCUAAGGGUAUUCCCUUCUUAGUAACGCACGAUGGUAGGACUAUUCGUUAUCCUGACCCGGUCAUAAAAGUCAACGAUACUAUUCAUCUGGAUAUUGCCACUGGCAAGAUUUUAGAUUCUAUCAGAUUUGAUUCUGGUAAUUUGUGCAUGAUUACUUCUGGAAGAAACUUGGGUCGUGUUGGUACCGUCGUCAACCGCGAACGUCAUCCUGGUUCUUUUGAUAUCUGUCACGUGAAGGAUGCACAAGGACACACCUUUGCCACAAGGUUGAAUAACGUCUUCAUCAUUGGUAAGGGAACAAAGGCUUACGUAAGUUUACCAAGGGAUAAGGGUGUGAAGCUAUCAAUUGCCGAAGAACGUGACAGAAGAUUAGCAGCGAAAGGAGUGAAUUAAAUGAGACAUAAGUAUAAUUUAUAUAUAAUGUGAGAUAUAUUUACAAAAAAGAAUAAACCGCGAGGUUGUCUAAGUAAUCUUUA